CGUCCGACCUGCCCUUGACGCAGAAGCGACACAGAAGACUUGCUAAGAUGGUGGCCUACUGGAGACAAGCAGGACUCAGCUACAUCCGCUUUUCGGCUAUAUGCGCCAACGCAGUGCGGGCCGCCCUCAAGCCGCAGGUGAAAGCUGAAGCGAUGAAGGCGGCCGAGGCCAGCGUCAAAAUAGUUAAGCCCAAAUCAGCAUGAUUUCUUCCUCGCAACAACAGUCUGUAAAAAAGAUGGAGGAUGAUGUGAUGUUGUGAAGAGAUGGGAUAACACAAAAUUGCAAUUCCCUCCCUGUUAUUUGUAAUUAAAGUUAUAUUGAAACUGA